AUGUUCUCUCGUGUAAACGUAAUUUGGCCGGCACUUCUCAAUGGGUAAUCUUUGUGCGAAAUACACAGGAAGCUGACCUAGCGCCCAACCGUGGUCACUCUCACUCGACUGCACCUCGGCGUCUGUAUCCCUCUCAAUCCUCUGGCCAGGUACUGUACGAGCCAAAUACCCUCUGCAUUUUAGGGGCUCUUAACUUCUGAUGCCUCCCUCGGCCUCCGCCGCCACGCGCUCCGACGAUGAUGAGGAUCACGGUGCUCCCGCUGAAGUUUCAGAUGCCGAUGGCUACGAGAAAGAAGAACCGGAAUAUGAAGAAGUGGAAGAAGAUGGUGAUGUUGAAGAAUACGAAGAAUAUGUAGAAGAAGUUGAAGAGGUUGAAGAAGAAGAAGAAGAAGAAGAAGAAGUAGUAGAGGAAGUGAAAGAAGAAGAAGUGGAAGAAGAAGAAGAAGAAGAAGAAGAAGAAGAAGAAGAAGAAGUAGUAGUAGUAGUGGAAGUGGAGGGGAAAAAGGUGGAUCAGAAGGACGAGGUGGAUGCGUCAGAUUCUUCAAUUGAAGCCGAUGAGGAUCCUAACGAUGUUAGUCAAGAUAUGGAGUUUGAGGGGCAUGACAGGCAACUGAGAUCGAGUUCUUAUACCCUAGAAAAAUCUGAAGUGAAGAUCUCAUCUGACUACAUUGCUGUAGAGGAAAGUAAUGGUAAUUCCAAAUUUUCUAGUCAUUCAAAUGAGCCAUUGACAACACAAAAGGAAGAAUUGGGUUUGAACUAUGAGGAUUCAAAAUAUAAAGAAAUGGGAAAAGAUAUGGUUUCAGAAGACAAGGUCUUUAAAGAUUGUAGUGAAUCACAUUGUGAUAGCAAGGUCUUUUCGUGCACUAAGGACAUUAUCGAUGUUGAAACCCACCUUCUUUUUAGCAGCACAAGAAAUGAUAUGGCUAAUGCUUUCCCUGUGAAAGAUCACUUAGGUGAGGAGCCCAAUGGUGUUUCGAAUACUAGGGAAGAAAUUAAGCAAAUGGACUUGCAAUCAGGGCAUGACAAGAAUCAAAUGGAAUCAAGGUUUUUCAGAUUGGCUACUGCAGAUACAAGGACUAGAAGUCUGUCCCCUGGUGCUGAGAUUAAGGAAGGAAACAAACGCCCGGCUGUUAUUUGUGACUUUUUUGCACAAGGGUGGUGCAUCAGAGGUAGUUCAUGUAGGUUUCUUCAUAUAAAAGAUGGCUUGAAUAAUACCACCCAAAAGUCCAAGGUAGAAGCAGAUGCUUUGAAUUGGAAAAAAGUUCAGGUGGACAAAGGUUUGAGAGACAUUACAGAGAGAUCAAGGUCGCCUGGUUUUCCUGAGCCACAGGAAUCUUCAGUUGGAAAUACCCUGGAAUUUUCUUUACACAUCUCUUCUGAAACAAUCCUGCCAAGGGAGCUUGAAGAAAGCCAAAGGUGGCAUCAGUUUCAUCGAAAACAUAAACUUCCAUUGGUUGAGAAAGAGGACUUAUCUUCGUGCAGUAAUCCUGACUCCCAGCAUUUGCCUUCGUCUAAGGACGAUCCGGUCUCUGUCUCGUUUAAGGAUGUAGGGGGAGAGAGUCAGAGAGAAAAUUGGCCUGCUAAUAAUUAUGGUGACCAUGCUUCGUCAAACAGUAGAGGUAGUUCGUUAGUGAAGAACAACUUGCUUCCUGAGUAUGGAUUUUCUUCAAGUAGCUCUGUUCUUUUGUCACGCAAUUACCACAGUGAGAUCUUCUCUUCUCAUUCUCUACAGAGCCAGCAUGUGCACAGUGAGUGUAAUUCACCACUUAGGAUCCAUUCUCUGAAUUCAAGCUCAAAUACUCAUCUUCAGAGUACUGGCAUGCUGCCAUCUCACCGUACCUCUUCCUGGAGAGCAUCUUCAUUGCCCUUUAGUUAUUCUUCUUUCAGUACAAGUUCUCUUGGUGUUCAAAGGCUGUUGAACAGUGAGAAAGAAUGCCAUGCUUCUGAAUCAUCUUCCUUGCUGCUUAGUUAUUCUCCCUUCUCUGGUUCUAAAUCAGAAAAUCUACCUCUAGCCAGUGUACCAUUGCACUGUGCUGAACAUAAAACAAAAUUUUCGUCAAAUGAUUGGGAGCCUUCUGUACCUUUCCGACCAUCUAUUUUUAUUCCUCCUAUUGGUAUAUCAUCUCCAGAUCGCCAAUAUGAUCCUCUUCAUGAUAGCAUUGAGCUACCCAAGAUUGGAGAUCAAUCCUUUGGAGUUUCUCUUGACAGUCAUGGGGCAUCCAUCAUGGACACAUUGCUCCAGAGGAAAUAUGGUAAUCCUGCAUUAACUGAGAUGCAGGGCCUAGAAUGUCACAAUGAUACAACUUCUGUAUCUUCUCAUAAUAAAGUUUAUGAGAAUGUGUUAGAAAAACACCAUCAUGGAAGAGGUUCUCUUAAAACUGAAGCAGAGACAGUUGGAACUUCUGCUGUUGACCGGAAAAGUGGGAUGAUGCCUAAAGAAGGGAAUCCCUUGGGCUUCUCUCAUGUCAAUGAUAGGAGAAAACGGAGCAAGCUCGAUGAUUGUCGUCCUUCAAGUCAUCAAAAUGAUGCAUCAAGACAUCAGGACUUAAAAGUAGGUAGGGGCGGACAAGACAAUGAAAUGGAUGUUGGGCAUAAGACAGAUGGAAAUAUUCACGGUGAACCAAAAGCACUGAGACAUUUUCGUGCUGCCCUAAUAGAUUUAGUUAAAGAGUUGUUGAAACCAAAUUGGCGUGAUGGCCAUCUCAGCAAGGAUGCACAUAACAUGAUAGUAAAAAAAGUGGUAGACAAGGUUCUUAAAACCUUACAAUCCCACCAAGUUCCAACUACCUUGGAAUCGAAGCAAUAUCUCUCUUCAUCACGUCCAAAAAUUGUUAAACUUGUUGAGGUGAGUGUCUUGAUUCUAGAGAAAAGAAAAAGUGUCUUGGUCCUGGAAAUUAACAAUAAAAUUUUUUACUUGCAGGGAUAUGUUGAGAAAUACGGCAAAUCUUAAGGCUCUAGGCUGAGUGUUUUUUUUGUACAGGUUCAUAUGCUUGCAAACUAGUGGGAAUCAUCAUCAAUUUGUCCAAGGCUAUGUUUUAUGACAUUUAAACUUGGACAAUAUAUGAUUUGUUGGUUUUCCUUUUAGUGUUGUGCUUCAUUAAUUAUUUUUAUUUCCCGUUUUGAAUCUUUUCAUCCAUUUGGGAGCAUA